UGGACACUUUGAUCGAUGAGUCCUUGAGCGCUCACACGAGUCCACUCGGGACCCAUUCAAUCCAUCCUUGCGACGACCCGUCAACACUUUCUUUGUUGGAACACCCCCUUCCACCCUGCACCUUAUCACAGUUCCCGAAAUGUUCCCCUUAUCGUCCCGCGGGGGCAUCUCCCUCACCAAGAUGUCGACAUGGGCACUGUCGACGCUCCUUCUACUGAGUCCCGCCGUUGUCUCGGCCAAGUCGGCGGCUGACUACUAUAUCCAUUCUCUUCCGGGUGCACCGGAUGGUCCGCUGCUGAAAAUGCACGCUGGGCACGUUGAAGUCGACGCCCAGAGCAAUGGACAUCUCUUCUUCUGGCACUAUCAGAAUCGGCACAUCGCCAAUCGCCAACGCACCGUGGUGUGGCUGAAUGGCGGGCCUGGGUGUUCCUCGAUGGACGGAGCGCUGAUGGAGAUUGGCCCGUAUCGACUGAAGGACAACCACACCCUCGAAUACAAUGAGGGCUCCUGGGACGAGUUCGCCAAUCUGCUUUUUGUCGAUAAUCCGGUCGGAACGGGCUUCAGCUACGUCAACACUGACAGCUAUAUUCACGAGCUCGACACGAUGGCGGCGCAGUUUGUGGUGUUCUUGGAGGAGUGGUUCAAGCUGUUUCCGGAGUACGAGAGCGAUGAUAUCUACCUUGCGGGCGAGUCCUACGCCGGACAACAUAUCCCCUAUAUCGCGAAGGCCAUGCAAGAACGGAACAAGAAGGUCUCCAACUCCAACACCGCGCAGUGGCAGCUAAAGGGUCUUCUUAUCGGCAACGGGUGGAUCGCCCCCGAGGAACAGUACAUGUCCUACCUGCCGUUCGCCUACGAAGAGGGGCUCAUCGAGGAAGGCAGCUCGGCGGCCAAGGAACUCGAAGUGCUGCAGUCCGUCUGCCAGUCACGAUUGGAAGCGGGCAAGAACAGAAUCCACGUCAACGACUGCGAGAAGAUUCUGAAUGGCAUUUUGGACAAGACGAUUGUCAACAACCAGUGCUACAACAUGUAUGACAUCCGUUUGCGCGACAGCUUAGACGCCUGCGGAAUGAAUUGGCCGACAGACUUGGUGGAUGUGAAGCCAUAUCUACAGCGGGAGGACGUGGUGGCAGCUCUGCACAUCGACCCAGCGAAGAAGUCAGGCUGGACCGAGUGUUCCGGCGCGGUCAGCAGCAAUUUCAACCCUCAGAGAUCCGUGCCAUCCGUCCGACUCCUGCCCGAGCUCCUGGAAUCCGGCGUGGAGAUUCUCCUGUUCAGCGGCGAGAAGGACUUAAUCUGCAACCACGUCGGCACCGAGCAACUGAUCAACAACCUGAAAUGGGGCGGCGGUACGGGGUUCGAAACCUCGCCGGGUGUGUGGGCGCCCCGACACGACUGGACCUUCGAGGGCGAGCCGACGGGCAUCUAUCAAUACGCGCGCAACCUGACCUACGUGCUGAUCUACAACUCCAGCCACAUGGUGCCGUACGACCUGCCCCGGCAGACGCGGGACAUGCUGGACCGGUUCAUGAACGUGGACAUCGCCAGCAUCGGCGGCAACCCGACGGAUUCGCGCAUCGACGGCGAGAAGCUGCCGCAGACCUCGGUGGGCGGCCACCCCAACAGCACCGCGGCCGAGGAGCAGGAGAAGCAGCGCCUCAAGGAGACGGAGUGGAAGGCGUAUGCCAAGUCCGGCGAGGCCGUCCUCGUGGUGGUGAUCAUCGGGGUGAUCGUGUGGGGGUUCUUCAUCUGGCGCAGCCGCCAGCGACACCACGGCUACCGGGGCGUGAUGCAGAAGAACAUGAGCAGCAGCAGCUCGGUGCUGGAGCGGUUCCAGAACAAGCGCACGGGCGGCGAUGUCGAGGCGGGCGACUUUGACGAGUCGGAAUUGGAUGACCUGCACUCGCCGGGUCUGGACCGGGAGCAUUAUUCGGUGGGCGAGGACAGUGACGAGGAGGAGCGGGGCGAACAUGGCCAACAAUCGGCGGCGCGGGGAGGUGAUCAUUUAUGAUUCCUUGUUACUUGAUUGAACCUUUUUGGUGUUUGUUUCAAAGCUGAUCAUGGGUUCUUUGUGGACAUACUGGAGUUUAUGUAUUGGAGCUUAGAAUUGUUCUUUCGUGCUUUUGCGGUGAGCUGUAUGGCUGGGAGGAUGAAUGCUUUGAGCAUUGACUUUUCUCUAUAUCGAAAGUCUAUAAUUAUAACCUAUAACACAUGCACCCAUCACUGCUGCACCG